AUGCAACAAACAAAAUUUGGCAAGAUGUAUUUGGACCACGAUUCGGUAGUUGAGUACUCAGAAGAUGAAAUUGUCGAAGCCGAUCGUAUUACAUUGGGCUAUAAAAAGAGAUUGUCAAUGAUUGAAAAUCAAAUGCGACAUCUUUUGGAGGAUUUUAGUUUGGACGUUCAGCAGAUUGAACCCAUUCUUGCCGACUUGCAGAAGUACUACGACGCGUUUCUACAACUUUUACAGAAAAGGAACAAAUCAUUACAAUGUAAGAGGUCCACUCACCAGCCGGUCCCAUCCCCAAUGAAUAGCCAGACAUCAACAAAUGCAAAGGUUAAUUUGAGCGGAAAGCUUAUGAAGUUUCAGCUAAAUAGUGUACAAAAGUUCGACGAAGAAAAUAUACUAAGGAUUCUGCAAAAUAAAAUAGAAUUCGAACAUUAUUUCCAAAUUGAUAAAGGUAAGAAGCAAAAGGUGCUAUUACUUGCCGUAUAUCAAUGCCUCAAUGGGCCAACACGUUUGCAUAAAGUGCUUAAUAUUGAGGGAAUUAUACAUAAUAAUAGUAUCAGAACUAUACUGGGCAAACAAGUGUCCAGUUCUAAGUGGACAGUGUUUCUGUACGAUGUAAAACUAGUUUUAUUGGCGCAUAGACAAGAUGUUCCGAACUUAGAAACUAGCAAGAUGAUCGUCAGAUAUGGUGAUUUAUUUCCCUGUGCAUUGUACUUCAAAGAUCAUACAGCAUACUAA